AUGAACAGCAAGAUCCGCGUCUUAGUCCGCGUCCGGCCGCAGCUCCCGUCCGAGAAGAGCCACUCGUCCCGGACGCUGCAGUGGGACGACCACAUGGUGCGGCUGCGCCUCAACAACGCAUCGCCCGAGAAGACGUAUCGCUUCGACCAUGUCUUGGGUCCAAAGUCCAGCCAAGAGGACAUGUACGACGCUGCCGGCGUCCAGCAGUCGAUCGCGAGCGUCCUCGAAGGGUACCACGCGACGCUGUUUGCGUACGGCCAAACAGGCUCGGGCAAGACGUUUACGAUGGAAGGCUACUCGUACGAGCGCUCCAACAGCACGGCGAGCCGCGAGCGUGUCCAGUCGCGGGCCAACGUGGCUGUCAGCUCGUCGCGCAUCGGCAUCAUUCCGCGUGUGAUCAUCAACCUCUUUGACGCGAUCGACACGGCGUCGGUGGUCCAGAACAAGACGUACCGCGUCAAGUGUUCGUGCGUCCAAAUCUACAACGAACAAAUCCUCGACCUCCUCAACCCGGCGCCAACGCUCCACAACCAAAACCGCUGCCUGCGCCUGCGCUGGUCGCCCGACCACGAGUUUUACGUCGAGGACCUCACGAUGGUCGACUGCACCUCGGCCGCCGACAUGAUGGCGGUCUUCCACGACGCAAUCAAGCAAAAGAUCAUGGCGACCACCAACUUGAACGCGUCGUCGUCGCGCUCGCACUGUAUCUACACGCUCUACAUCGAGUCGAGCGACGCCGAGAACCCGGGCGUGGUCACGACGACCAAGUUUUGCCUCGUCGACUUGGCCGGCUCGGAGCGCAUCAUGAAGACGGGCGCCAGCGGCGUGACGCUGCAAGAGUCGAUCGGCAUCAAUAAGUCGCUCUUCGUACUGCGCCAAGUCAUUCAGAUCCUCAGUGACGAAGCCAGCAACAACAACCCCAGCAACUCGGCGCUCGCCAAGACGCACGUGCCCUACCGCGACUCAAAGCUCACGUCGCUCCUCAAGCACAGUUUGGGUGGCAACUCGAUCACCAUCAUGGUUGUCUGCCUCGCGCCCAGCGAUCUCUGCUUUGAGGAGAACCUGAGCACCCUCCAGUACGCAGCGCGGGCCCAGUGCAUCUCCAACACGCCCGUCAAGAACGCCGACACCCAAAUGCUCCUCGUGCAGCAGCUGCGGGACCAGAUCAAGCUCCUCACCCAUCAACUCCACGACGCCAACACGACCAUCGAAUGGCUCAAGAAGCAAGGGCCGUCGACGUCGUCCGUGGACAAGGGCCGCCGGACCAGCAACAACAACGUGCUGCGCCGAAGUCUCCUCGACAACCAGAGCGAGGACGACGGUCCGAUCAGCGUCUUCAGCGACGACGACACGGAGCUCGACGACGACCUCGACCUCACGAGUCCGUCGCCCGUCGCGGUUGUUGCGCCAUCGCGCAAGGAAAGCCGAAGGCCGUUGCCGCCGACCCGCCACUCGACCUUGUUCUACGCCCCCGAGGCGCCAAAAGAGUACCUCUUCCGCGACCCGGGCAUGAUGCUCCCGGGCUUUGGGGGCAUCUCGUCCAUGCUCGAAGUGAGCUUUGGCUUCCUGUGGACCUAG